AGCGUUUGGAGGGAGGCAAAGCCGUCCCUCGCAAACCAGCCAGCGAUUCUCUGUGUCAAACCCUCCCAGCAGCAACAUGAGGUAUCCCUUGACCUGGUCCUUUUGUGCCUUGCUGCUCUGCGUGGCAGAUGCUGUCGAGCUGACAGACAUGUUUGGAGAGAUCCAGUCUCCCAACUUCCCUGAUUCCUAUCCCAGCGACUCAGAAGUGACAUGGAACAUCUCUGUGCCCGAGGGAUUUAAAAUCAAGCUGUAUUUCAUGCAUUUUGACUUGGAGUCAUCCUACCUCUGUGAAUACGACUAUGUGAAGAUUGAAGCUGAGGACCAGGAGCUGGCAACCUUCUGUGGCAGGGAGACAACGGACACGGAGCAGGCUCCUGGCCAGCAAGUGAUCCUGUCCCCAGGGCCUUACAUGGGGCUCACAUUCAGGUCUGACUUCUCCAAUGAGGAACGCUUCACUGGCUUCGAUGCCCAUUACACAGCUGUGGAUGUGGAUGAGUGCCUGGAGAAAAGUGAUGAGGAGCUGGCCUGUGACCACUACUGCCACAACUACAUUGGCGGGUACUACUGCUCCUGCAGGUUCGGCUACAUCCUCCACUCUGACAACAGGACCUGCAAAGUGGAGUGCAGUGACAACCUGUACACGCAGAGAAGUGGAGUGAUCACCAGCGCUGACUUCCCCAGCCCCUACCCCAAGAGCUCAGACUGCCUAUACCGCAUUGAGCUGGAAGAAGGUUUCUUCAUCACCCUGAGCUUUGAUGAAAGCUUUGAUGUGGAAGACCACCCUGAGGUGACCUGUCCUUAUGACUACAUCAAGAUCAAAGCUGGCCCGAGAGAGUUUGGCCCUUUCUGUGGAGAAAAGUCCCCAGGACCAAUUGAAACCCAAACCAACAGUGUACAGAUCCUCUUCCACAGUGACAACUCAGGAGAGAACAGAGGCUGGAAGCUGUCAUACACAGCCAUUGGAAACCCAUGCCCACUGGUGCAACCACCAAUCAAUGGGAAAAUCGAGCCUUCCCAAGCCAAGUACACCUUCAAAGACCAGGUUGUCAUCAGUUGUAACACUGGCUACAAAGUGCUGAAGGAUAACCUGGAAAGUGACUCCUUCCAGAUCGAAUGUCUAAAGGAUGGGACAUGGAGUAACAAGGUUCCUAUCUGCAAAACAGCUGCAGAUAGAGCCGACAACCAGACAGAGGGAAGAGCUGGCUCCGAGCAAGUGGCUGCAUGAGGCUGGCACCGGCCGUGCCACCCUGACGGGCAGCCUGUCUCGAUGUCUCUUUCUGAUCUGUCCAGUACCACGGGCAGGUCCCUUCUGCCCCUGGCCCUAAUGCCAAAUCCAUCCGCGUGGCUUGUCUAACUGGCAUGGCACUCUUAACCCUCCUGUGCCCGGUGCUUUCCUAGCAGUGCCUGCCUGGCCCCGGCACCACUGCCUGGAGGCUGCGUGCUGCCAUCAGCUCCCGGCACGUCCUCCCCAUCCCUCCCUCUCCGAUGGGAUGCCGUGGCCUGGCUGGGCUCCAAGGCUGUGGUUGCGCAAGGAGCACGGCAUGGCUGCCUGGCUGUUUGCUUGUUUGUUUGUUUGGAUUCAGCCUCCCACCGCCCUUCCUCCCUGGCCCAGUGUCACAAAUAAGAAACACUCCUUCCUCUCCUCUUUCCAAGAGUCCUGGUGCCUUUCAGAUCCUCCAGGCAAGGAGGUCUGGAGGAUGGGUGGGCAUCACCAGCCUUGUCCUGCAGGCACCAAACCCUGACCCUGGCACAGGAGUCCGGAUCCUCCUCUGCCUCCCCUUUGCUCCCCAGCAGUGGCUCUGUGGAGGGGAGGACAGGCUGGCUUCAGGCUGAAAGAGAUCAGAGCCUGGUGUCUGGCCCCAUUCGUGUCACUGGAAGCCCAUGGUAUGCACGCUGGACUCCCUGAGGCAUUGGAGGUUUUGCUGGGAGCAUGCUGUGGACCAGACUGGGAGAGGAGGAAGAAUACACGUUGGGGAGUUUAGGCCACCUCCAGUCCUACAAUGACAGAAAUGCUAAGUGGCCUCUUUCCCAAGGGAAAAGUCUGGAAAGGCUCACAGCACAAACUCCCUCUCCUCGCCCUUUCGACUGGACCUAGGACACUGAUUGGGCAACACCUCUGUGCAAGAGCCAGACAUCAGAUCUGCCCCAAGCCUGGCAGACACACAGGGAGGGGACAGGCUGUGUCGGCCAAUGGGUGCUUGCUUGAAACCAUAAACAACCCCAGAGCAGCUGUGCAAGCCAGACAGAUCUCUCAACAUCUGUUCCAUCUCCCCUGGAAGCCUCAGCACCCUCCAGUGCCUUAUAAAGGUCCCGUCAUUGGUCACAGCCUGACACAGGUGCACUGAAGCAGCAUGGGAGGUGAGCAGGAAAGUUCAGGCUGGCUGGGGACCCCUGGGGCUGGUGAGAGGAGUCUGUGUCCCCUCCUCUUCUCCUCUGCAAAGCACAGGUACCCAACAGCCUCCACCUAGUCUGGCAGUACCCACAUCCCAUCCCAUCACCUGCUAUUCUUAGCAGGCAGGUGGAGGGAAUCCUGGUGAACAGUGAACUGCAGCACAUUGCCAUAAAAUAGGGGGUUUUCACCUAUGUAGGUGGUUAACCCUGGGCAUCAGCAUAUGUCCCUGAUGCCAGCUACUGCUCCUAGUGACUCCUCUCUUCAUUGUCCUGGAUCACUGCAUAAGGAGUUAGAGCUCCUGUCCUUGCUCCCUUUCCACCCUGGAGGACAAGAGCCCAAGUCUUCCCUGCAAGAGCCCAACUCUUCCCUGAUCCAUAGGACUUGCUUUCUGUCAAACCUCCUAUUCAUCCCCUACUUACUUCUCAUAAACGUUGCAGAAUCCAUCUCCACCACAGUGCAUUUCCUUGCAGGAUCAGGCCCCCUGUUCCUGCCCUUCCCUGGCACAGGUCCCCAAUAAUGAGGCUGGGGAAGGCUGCACAGCAUCUCCCAAGUGUGCUUGUGCUAUGAACUGCCCUCAUGAUGGGGAGACACAGCUCCUGUGAAGUGACCCCUGGCUUUGGUGAAUGAACCACCUUGCAACUUGAGGUCUUUCCUGAGGUGCAUGGCACAAGGCCAGUGAAGAGGACAAGCUGGGGAGGAGAGGCCAGGUAGGGCACUGCAAGGAAUAUGGGGAAGAGAGGGAACCACGUACAAGCCACAGAAAGGGCAAUGGUACCCUGAAAACUCUUCACCAAACCCCAAGCCCACACCAGGGAUAGAUGAAGUGGAGCUAAAACUGCCCAUGAUGGAGCAGGUGACUUCUCACUCACAUCUGCUGUCCUUCCCCCUGCCUGCAGACCAGCCAAGCCAUCCUCUCCACAUCACUCAUCUCCUGCCAUCACAGGACACCCAGGACAUAGGAUGGCUCAGCCUCAACUCUAAAUGCUUAUAAGCACUGUUUGAUGAGCAACACUUAGAAUGGGAAGGACUGGGCCAUGCUUUCAGCAAAACCUUGUGCACAGAGGGGAUGCACAGCCUAGGCUGGUGAAUCACUGCCUGCUUUUUCCUGCCUGCUCCUAAGGGGAAGACAUUGAGGUGUGGGAAGUGAGUCCAGAGAAGGGCAAUGAAGCUGGUGAAAGGUCUAGAGAAGAAGUCCUAUGAAAAGCAGAUGAGGGAACUGUGAGUUUUCAGAAGAGGAGGCUUAGGGGAGGCCUUCUCUACAACUGCCUCAAAGAAAGGUGGGGGUUGGUCUGUUGUCUCAAGUACCAAGUAGCAGAGCAAGAAGAAACUGCCUCAAGUUGCACCAGGGGAGGUUUAGGUUGGACAACAGAAAAAAAUUCUUCACAGAAAGGAUUGUCAAGUACUGGAACAGGCUGCCUGAAGGGAUUUAAAAGACGUGGAGAUUUGAUGCAUAAACACAUUGUUUAGCAGUAGACAGUGCUAGGUUAAUGGUUGGACUCCAGGAUCUCACAGAUCUUCCCCAGCCUAAACAAUUCCAUGCUUUUGUGAUGCUAAGACAUACUCUAGGAGCAUCUCUCAAAAGAUGCAGAGCAGGUUUCUUCCCUUCAUGAAGGUAUAGCAGAGAAAUCUCACACUAGAUGGAGUGCACAGGAGGAGCUCUGGGGCUGGGGUCUCCACCAGUGUAGUGGGUGAGCUGUGCUGCUGAUGUUCAGUGGUGCCACCAACAUGCUCUGUUUCUUCAGGGUGGCUGUGGUGGAGUUUCACAGGGCCAGUCUGUCCUGCCUGGGGACAGCCUCCUGCUGCUGUCUGAGACCACAUCAGGCUGUGUCUCCUCUAAUGCCCUUGAAAAAACAUAUACAGGACUCUGCAGGCCCUCACUCUGUCCCAUAGGACC